AUGGAGGUUCUGGCUUGGAACUGCCGUGGUCUUAAUAACUCUGCGUCGCUUCAGGCGCUGAAGCUGUUGAUCCAACAACAGAAACCCUCAAUCAUUUUUCUUUCGGAGACGAAGGUGGAUGAUUGGAACUAUCUGAACGAUCUGCGACUGCAGAUUGGAUAUCUUAACUAUGAAGCAGUCUUCAGUGAAGGGCAGAGCGGAGGUGUGGCUCUGUUUUGGGGAGAUGGACUGGAUAUCAGGUUCCGUUCUAAGAGUCGAAACCAUGUUGAUGUUGAGGAUGUGGUGCGUCAGGGUUGGGAGAUGACAGUGGCAGGUUUGCCUAUGCUUCAAGUCAAGAAGAAGAUAAUGCAGACUCGUUUCUCUCUAAAUCAGUGGCAGCGUGUCACAUUUAGGGCAAGGAGUCGUGAGAUUGGGUACAUAAGGGACAGAUUGCAGAUCCUUUAUUUGCUGCCUAUGACUCAGGUAUACCAGGAGGAAUGCUUUGAUCUGCAUUCUAGGUUAGAAGGGCUUUUAGCUGAGGAGAGUGCAUAUUGGAGGCAACGCUCUAAGGUGUCUUGGCUUACAGAUGGGGAUAGAAACACGAAGUAUUUCCAUCGGAAGGCUUCCAAUCGUAGAGCUAAGAACAGAUUAUUUGGUUUGUUUGAUCACAAUGGGGUCUGGCAGGAUUCUAUGAAAGGAAUGGAAGAAGUUGUCUUGCUUUAUUUCACUGGAUUGUUUAAGGCAAAUGAUGUUAACUAUAUUCAUAUGCAGAGUGUGGUUGAAUUGGUGCAACCAAAGGUGAUUGCGGAGAUGAAUGCUGAUUUGUGUGCUCCAUACUCGGCAGCUGAGAUAAAAGCUGCUCUCUUUCAGAUGUAUCCUACGAAGGUGAAGGAUCCUGUUUCGGUAUCGGAUUUGAGGCCUAUAGCUUUGUGCAAUGUGUUGUACAAAAUAUGUUCUAAAGUGAUUGCUAACAGGCUUAAGAAAAUUUUGUCGCAUAUUAUCUCUCUAUUUCAGAGCGCUUUUAUUCCAGUUACUCAUGGUGAGCUACAGGGGAUCAAAAUUUGUGAGGGUGCUCCGGUAAUUCACCAUCUUCUCUUUGCUGAUGAUAGUCUUCUUUUUGGGAAGGCCACUCUAAGCGAAUGUCAGCAUAUACAAUCUGUUCUGAAUGCUUAUGAGUUGGCAUCUGGUCAACAGAUUAACUUUGCUAAGAGUAGCAUUGUGUUCAGCAAGAGAGUUCCUGAGGCUGAUAAGCUUUCUUUGGCAAGUUUUUUAGGUGUGACCAUUGAAGUCAAAAAUGAGAAAUAUCUGGGACUUCCUACUUACUUGGGGAGGAAUCAGACUGAAUCUUUUGCUUAUAUAAAAGAACGCUUGAGUAAGAAACUAGCUGGUUGGCAAGGUAAGCUCUUGAGUGGAGCUGGUAAAGAUUUGCUGGUUAGGGUGGUAGCGCAGGCUCUACCAUCCUAUGCUAUAAAUUGUUUUUUACUUCCAAAUAAUUUUUGUGAUGAUCUACAUCAAAUGUGUGCUAAGUUUUGGUGGGGCAGCAAACCUAAUGAAAGAAAAAUUCAUUGGAUGUCAUGGGAGCGUCUUUGUCGCUCCAAAGAGGAGGGUGGAAUGAGUUUCAGAGAUUUGCAUGCUCAUAAUUUAGCCUUGCUUGCCAAGCAAGGAUGGAGACUGAUACGGUAUCCGGGUUCUUUGGUGAGUCGGUUAUUUAAAGCUCGUUAUUUUCCACACUCUUCUUUUUUAAAUGCUACUACACCUACUCAUGCUUCUGCUUGCUGGAGAGGAAUAUUUGCUGCUAAAUCAGUGUUACAAGCGGGUCUUAGAUGGCAGGUUGGAAAUGGUACUUCUAUUCGGAUUUGGGAUGAUCCUUGGAUUCCAAGGCCGAAUUUGUUUCGUCCAAUAAGGUAUGGUCCCUCUCCUCGGGUGUUAGUUAGCGAUCUGAUGGUGGAUGGUCAUUGGAACAAAGAGCUUAUUUCUGAAAAUUUUCCUGCGGAUGAAGCUUUACUAAUUUGCUCCAUUCCGCUUAGUAGAAGCAUUGUUCCGGAUAGACUAAUUUGGCAUUUUGAUAUGAAAGGUCUGUUUACUACAAAGAGUGCAUAUAAAAUUGCAUUUGCUUCACUACAUCCUGUGCUUACUAGUGGCUCUUCCUCUAAUUCCAAUCUGAGUCAUUGGAAGUUUAUUUGGGCAGCUCCUAUCCCUGGAAAGGUUAAGGUACAUGUUUGGAAAGUUUGUGCUUCUAUACUAUACUCCCAACUGCUUCUCAACUCAGAAGUAGAAGAGUCCCAGUUGAGGAUGGUUGUUUGUUCUGUAACUCGGAAAAGGAGACCUUAUCUCAUUCACACCUCGUGCUUUUGCUUUUUUGCUGAUGUUGUUAUGGGGGGUGUGGAAAGAGAGAAACCAACGACUUUGGGUUGGAAAGGAAAGGACUGUGCAACAGGUUGGCUUAAGGUGAAUAUCGAUGGUGCCUUUGAUCAAGGCACACGUCGGGGAGGGUUAGGGAUAGUAGUAAGAGAUGCAGAUAGCACGGUGGUGGCAUGUGCUUGCGGUCAGUGUUCUGAUGUGUUGCAGCCAAUAGUGGUGGAGGCCUUGGCAAGCAGAUUAGCUUGCAAGCUAGUGGAGGAGAAUUCUCUAGCUCCAGUUAUUUUUGAAUCAGACUGCCUGCUGUUGGUUCAAGCUAUCCAAACUGAUGGAGAUGAUACCUCGCAGUUGGGUAGAAUUGUUGAUGACAUUUCUUUGUCUAUUUCUUAUUUAGCUGGUUCUUUUUUCUCUCAUGUUUAUAGAGAAUAUAAUCAAAUAUGCUAG